GCGCGGUGCUGGGGCAGGCCGCGCCGCGCCGCGCCGCGCCGGGCCCGUCCGCGCUGAUGGAGGACGAGCCCUGCCCUGAGCUGGUCCCGAUAGGCGGCGCGGAGCAGAGCGAUGCCGGCCCCGGCAGGAGGAUCCCCGUGACGAUCAUCACGGGGUACUUGGGAGCUGGAAAAACAACUCUUCUAAAUUACAUACUGACAGAACAGCACAAUAAAAGAAUUGCAGUUAUUCUGAAUGAAUUCGGAGAAGGAAGUGCCUUGGAGAAAUCUCUGGCAAUCAGUCAAGGGGGAGAGCUCUAUGAAGAAUGGCUGGAGCUCAGAAACGGCUGCUUGUGCUGUUCAGUAAAGGACAAUGGUGUGAAAGCAAUUGAGAACCUGAUGCAAAGGAGAGGAAAAUUUGAUUAUAUAUUGUUAGAAACAACUGGUUUGGCAGAUCCAGGAGCUGUGGCCUCCAUGUUUUGGGUUGAUUCUGAGCUGGGAAGUGACAUCUAUCUCGAUGUUUUAGGUAUUGUGUCUGUUGUUGAUGCAAAGCAUGGAUUGCAGCACUUGACAGAGGAGAAACCAGAAGGCCUUAUUAAUGAAGCAUCUCGGCAGGUUGCAUUAGCUGAUCUUAUAAUCAUCAAUAAAACAGAUUUGGUUUCAGAGGAAGAAUUGAAUAAGGUCAGAACAUCUGUGAGGUCAAUAAAUGGACUUGUUAAAAUUCUAGAGACACAAAGAUCAAGAGUUGAUCUCUCUAAUGUCUUGGAUCUACAUGCUUUUGACAGUUUAUCUGGAGUAAGUUUGCAGAAAAAGCUUGAGCAUGUAAAGACAACACAUGCACAUCUAGAUAAGGCUAUAAUUACAGUAACAUUUGAUGUUCAAGGAACUAUAAAAGAAGAAAACUUAAAUCUCUUUAUUCAGAAUCUUCUGUGGGAGAAGAAUGUGAAAGAUAAGACUGGAUGCAGCAUGGAUGUCAUAAGACUGAAGCAACAAAAUUAGAGUAUCCUGGUCUUCUCCUUCCUGGCAAAUAGAAGAGAACAGCCACGGAUGUAUCUGAAGCUGCCUGAAAAGCAGUAAUGCCAUGCACAAGCACAUUUCUGGUGUAUUGAGCAUUGGAAUCAAAUUAAUCCUUUAUGAAAUGUGAAGCCUGUGAUAAUAUGUGUGAUGUCCCUCAGUCACAGAAAAAUACAUCAAAGCAAAUGAACCCCAGGCAACUAAUUACAUAACAGGUUUCAGAGUUUGUUGCUUUUAUAUUUAUAUUUUAUCUGCAGUCAUAACCUUUUUGGCAGUAAUAGUUAUAGAAUUCCAACUAAUAGGUCAAAUGGAGACCUAUUUUAUGAAAUAUUUUUAAGUGUUUCUUUUUUUAGGGAAGUGUCCUGGCUUAGGGAAAAUUCUGGGAGGAACUUCCAGGAAGUAUAAGACAUGUUUUACAGAAUGUGUUCCACUAAAAUAUUUUAGAACAUUGUCCUAUGAAGUGAUGAAAACUGUUUUAAUAGAGUUUUUGAUAUGUGGGUUAGUAGACUCACACUGACUGUGAUCCCUUCUAAGACUGUUGCUUUUGUUUUACUUCACAAAUGUUUACUCUUUCUCCAAUAUUCAGGGAUUUUGUUUCAGAAAAGUAAAUACACUAAGCAUAAGAGCUUAAUUAGGCUAACCUGAAAUCAAACGUUUUUGUUCAUUUUACAUUAUUUUGUUGGCAGGCAAGCUUUCAUGGACUCCCAUUGUCAAAUACCAUGUAUUCAAAGAGGCAUAGUAGAUGAUGACAUUUAAUUUUUGAUUGGGCAGGCUAGGUACUGACCAAUGAGGAACAGAAAGCAAAGUAUGGUAAAGUGUAAUUCUUAACCUUUAACAAAAUAAGGAGAUCUGAAAAUGGAAGUUAUGAGUAGAUGUAUUGAUUGAUAAUAUACGUUUAUUUUGACUAACAAGUGCAUAGGUGCCAGAAGUAUUCCCUGCUUGAACUAGAUUGAAAGUUUUGUUUCCCCUCUUACAUAUUUUAGUUUUAAAGUUUUGUUUAUAUACCC